AUGCCUGUAUUCGCCCACUCCAGCUCCGACUCGGACUCUGGGGACGAGGACUAUGAGCCGACCUGGGACGUUGACCGCAUCGAGGACAUGGAGCUCUUUGACGUCGAGGGCGAAGGGCUCGUUCGGUACUUCAAGGUCCGCUGGGAGGGGGACUGGCCGCCGGAGCAGAAUCCUACGUGGGAGCCCGAGAAGAAUCUCCCCGAGGAUCUCGUCGCCGAGUUUUGCCGCACAUUCAACCCGAGAGGUGGAAGCAGGACGUCGUCGGAACCUAGACACACGAGCCACGACGAGGAUACGCUUCAGUUGCCAGUGCUCAAGCGGACAGACGAGAGUGGCAUGGGAGAUGAUGUUCAUCAGCCGUCGAGCGCGGACAGUGGCCUGUUUGUCUACUCGAGCGACGACGGCAUGGAGAAGCACACCUGGGAUGCGCCCAAUUCGCAGGGCCACCGCCCCAACCUUAACGGGGUUUACCCGGCGCACAUGACAUAG